GGAAUGAGUUGGUUUGAUGGGAAGUUGUAAUGUCAUUUGCCUUUUUCCCAAUAUGUCAUGAUAUAUAUGUCAAUAUGUCAUGGACCACCUAUUGAGCUGUUCAUUUUGUUACACACACCUUUUAAGUAAAUCCGAUGUUAAAUGGGGUGAAAAGGAGACAGGAGUGCCACUUUACAAGUUGCACAAAAAGACUUCUCCAGUUGUAUGACAACACCGCCAUCCAGUGGCUAGUGCAACAUCUGUUUCUGGUUGAGAUUUGAGUCACUGAACGCCUUCCGACAGAGACAAAACAUGUCACGUACCUAACGGUUUGAAUUAGCUGUUCAUUUCACAAGUUGUGGAUCACCUGCUAUAUGAUUCCCGUCGUGUUGUUGGCCAACAACCCAGAAAGAUGCCACAGAAAACACUGGGAUCCAUUGUAGGUCUGCUUUGCACCGGGACCUGUUUGGUACAGGGUAAGGAGUUCUGUUUUGGAGUGAACAAUGAGCAAUACCGGUGUGAGAUGGGGUACUGCUGCGGUGAGACGGAGUGCUGCACCUACUACUACGAGCUGUGGUGGUUCUGGCUGGUGUGGACCCUCAUCAUAAUGCUGAGUUGCUGCUGUGCCUACCGUCACCGCCGGGUCAAGAUGCGGCUGCAGCAGGAGCAGCGCCAGCGCGAAAUCAGCCUUAUGGCCUACCAGGGUGCUUCUAGCGCCUUCAUUUCCCCUCCACCCCUCAACCUGAGGUUCUGGACAGACUGCAAGCUUCCUGACUAUGAAGAGGUGGUGGGUCAUCCCCCGACUCCCCCUCCGCCUUACUCCGAGAUUCCCCCAGAGACCACCACUGCCAUCAUGCUGCCCUCCAUCCAAUCAGAAGUGGUCUUGAUGCUGGAGCCCUCAACAGAGGACGCGCCAAGAGAGGAGCAGACCGCCAAUUCGCCAUCAGACCAAGAAGCCGCGUCUGUGCCCAGCCAAUCAGAGCGACCAGUGGAGGUGGACCCUGAAUGCCCAUUGGAGGAGCUGCUGACCCGGCGCAGGCACGUGACAGGCGACUCAGGGAUUGAGGUGUGUGUUUGCCAACUAGAUGAGGGCUCUGGGCCGGAGGAGGACGAGGAGCUGAUGUGUCAGGGGGCCACGGGGGACUGCUGCUCUGCCUCUGAUCACCACCACACCCUCAGACACAAAGCGAGAACCCCUGAGCCCCAACCUCAGGGUCAGACCACCAGCACCGGAGACCGCCUGGUCUGAGCUCCACCACCUACCAUCCCAGAGGCUGCUGUUGCUGCCCGAUCUGUGCUUUAGGGAGGGAGACCCAGGAGAGCUCUUGUCAUUGUCAUCAUAACAAUAACUCCGACACCACCAGCAAAUGAAAUGCCCCACAAUAACUCACCAAAUUAACCAGGUUGUCCUGUUUAACAUCCUUCUCAGUUAUGAUCCAUAUAAUGAAGAUGACAAAAAGAAAAGCUCUUAUUUGAGAAAUAUGAUUUUUUUUUAGUGUGGCUAAUGGCUUAAUUGUUUAAUACCCAUGGUCCCUCUGCUUUGUUUAGUUCUUAACAUGGGGAUGAUGAGGAAGAAUGUUAAGUCUUCCUGGAUGGGGGAGGGGCUAAAACCUCUAGAGACCACCAGGUGGUAAGAAGAGGUGUUGACGCUGGCACAGAAUUGACUACAUCUACCCACCCCCACUGUCUGGCCUGGACAUUUUCUUCUGGUCCUUCUAACAUUUCACCUACGUGGGGACAGGACAGUAUACCGCAACAGUCACCAACCCACAAGCCUCUAGGCCCCAGCACAUAAGGGUCAAAACAGGAAAAUAAUGCUUCAAGACACAAUCCUGACCUGAGGGGACUGAACAAGGUGUAUGGACUGUGACAAAAGGAACUUGUUUUGUUUUUGUAAGGGCGUGUACUGUGUAAUCUAGGAGACAGCUGCAAAGUGAUGUCACUCUUCGCGGAGUGACGGCAGGGCUAUUUGCAUCUAGAGAAGAGGCUGGGAAGGGGAAGUGAAGCUGUGCCUGUCUCUUAUAGGCUCUCCAUCUCUGGACUGUGUCCCAGUAACAUCAGACUCCUCCCCCUGAAUCCCCCCGCUUCCCAUCCCUCGUGACUCCACCAGUACUCCGGUCAACACUUGGCCAGACUGAAAUGUAUUGAAUGGACUGGAACAGACGUUUUGAUGUGCGGCCAAGUUCUGUCUGUGGCCAAGUGAACUCAAGACUGUAAGCUGUGACAUUAUCCCAUCGCUGUGCCUGCAACUUGGUGUCUAUAAAAAGCCCUGCGGUGGUCGACUGUGUCCCCCAGCCCGGCAGUGAUAUUACCAGGGAUACUGAAGGUUCAGCUCUCUAGUACUUUGCUCCUUUAUCAUUAUCUUGUCAUUGUAUUACUUCUCUCUAAAACCAGCUUUGGCUGAGGCCACUAUUACCCACAUUAAUAGCAACACAGCUCUACCAAGGUGCUGCUGUGGGUGUAUUGUGUGUUUUAUAGGAUGUGUAGAGGAGUAGUCUUAUUUAGGGUAGCCACAAAGUGCCCUGGCCCCUGGUGUAAUGCACUCAACUCACCAGGCUUUAGACCACUUUUAUAAACAAUGCACUAGGAUAUUGCAUGGAAGGCAUGAGUCAUUUGUUUUUGUCUGUGUGUAGGUAGUGUGUUCUGAUUUGUUGUGUCUGCAACAUAUAGUGACACACUCCUAGACCAUUGGCCCCAAGCUGGCACUGAUGAAUCGGCGGUUGCUGUUUUGAUCCAGCAACAGCCAGAGCCUGAUAGUGACGCAGCUUCACCACGAGUCUCCUGUUCGUGUGGGGCUCGGACUGAGUGAACCAAGGUUUUAAGUAUAGACACCCUGUACCUAGUUUCAUCAUGUUAUGACUGCACUGGGCCUGCAGUGUGCUGUUGCUUACACCCUUGGCUUGCGGUGGUGUGAACCCUGUAGGAGCAAUGCUAGAGAUUUGUGGUGGUGUUUUCCAUUCAGUGGGGGUGGCUUUGCUGUGUGUGUAGUGUUAGCAUAGCUGCACACAGAUAAACUGCAUGUACCUCAGUGUUGUGCGUCGCUUGCCGACGCGGAGUUGUAGAAUCGGGUGUGGAGUGCAUGUGAUCUUACUGUGCAGUUCCACCUUGAAGAAGAAGCACCACACAAGUCCAGCUGCUUUUUUUUGGGAGGGGGUGGGGGGUGUUUAAAUGGCAGUGAUGUUUUAUUAUUUAGGCUAUUGAUUUGCCUUCAUACAGCACUGAUCAAUUAGGUUAUGGACUGAUGCACUGUUUAUUAACAUCUAAUGAAAAAGGAAAUUGACACAGAUUUAUUCUGAAUAUCUAUCCAUAAAUAUGUAGGAUCUUAAUUUGAUCACUCUGUUGCAGGAGAACCUUCCUGCAAUUCAGGAAAUGUAAAACAUUUGUUUCAUUUGAGAUUUUAACAUUCAAAAGGCACUCAAACAUGUGAGUUAUCUUUGUUGCAGGUGCAUGGUAACACUGCUCUGGCUAGUAUCACUGCGCUGGCUAGUAUCACUGCUCUUUGUUAAGCUUUAUGUAUCAGCCUUAAGGCCUUCUUUUGUACUAUAAACUUUAAUAGAAUACUUAUGAAAUGCACAUUGUUAUAUUUGGUGACACGUUUAUUUUCCCUCGACUCCAACCUCAUUCGAUGCAUCGUACUGGGUGGAGUGGAGCAAUGUCUACAGAAGGGUGCAAAUUAAAAAUACGAAAGCUCUGGGGGGAAAAAUGCCUUGAGGCAGAUACGUAAAGCUUAGUAAAGAGCAGUGGUACUUUUUAUUUUUCCCCCUUGUGUAUUUGAGACUUAAAAAGGAUUCUGCAGUUAUGUCAUUUUCACUUUGAAAUUUCAGACAUGAUUGUAUCAACCCCUACAAAAAUGUCCAUGAAUUAUAUUUCCACAUUUCCUGUUGCUGCAUGAUUAUUUUCCUGCUGUAGCAAACUGGCUCAAAUGUAAGUUCCUACAUCUAAGUUGUCUGUCUUCCGUAGAGCAUAGUCAUGCACACACACUCCUGUUCUCAUUCUCACAUUAGGACAUGUUUGUGAUAAGACACCUUAAGCUGCCUUGGUAGGUUGCUAGGGAACAGACAUGAGGAUCGAGCUGCAGAAGGCCUAUGAACAGACUCUGUUUAGAGGUCAUUCUGAGGCAUAGGGAAAUGCCUUACUACGGUCAGUUGAAGUUGGGUACAGGUAGACUAGAUGUGUUUUAGGCUUCUGUAUUUGAUGAGUAGGUGGUUAUAUUUCAGGCCUAUGCUUUUUGAAGAUGGUAAAAAGGUUUGAGCAUGUCUUCCCCCGCCCCCCCUGGUAGUCCAGAGUCAUCCUUUAUACAAAUGGAGUCUGAAGUGUAAGCGUCUGACAUGUAUUGGUCAGCUCAACUUGUUGUUCUAGGAUGUGGUAAACUCAGAGUGAAACCACAAGACAAGAUCAUGACUCCUAUAUGUUGCAGAAACUGUGGCCUGUAGAAUAGGCAACAUUUAUUUAGUCAGAAAACGUAUGAGAAAUUCCGUUAUCUGUGGUCAUGUAGAAUUUUCUUCUUAGGUACCCCUAUUUUCCUUAGAUAAAAAAAAAAAAAAUGUGUAAAGGAUAUGAUGGACAUUAGUUUGAUAUUUGAACUGACCUGAAAGCAUGUUGAAUUAGUAAAUGGGAGAAAAAACAUGUACAUGAAUGCUUGUUUUGUUUUCUUGUGAUUCAUAUGUUUUUUUGUAAAAAGUAGAGGCUAAAGUGCAUUCAUUUUGAUGCAGUAUAGAUGAAGGUAAUGGACAUUGAAAAGGUGUUUUCUUGUUUUUGAAAUGAGGAUAAUGGGGACCCAUGGAUUCAGUCCCAUUGCUUACUGGGCAAGAUAAUUGCCAAACAAACUUAUUUGGCUUUCAUGUGUUUACCUAGAUAAAGGGCUAUCAGUCAAUCAUGGACAAACAUCCUUCCAUUCAUCUGUUCUGUAAUUUUCCGCUUUGCCUACAGUUGUAAUAUCUGAACAUAAUUGUUUGGACAUCUUUUCUGUAGUAAAUAAUAGGCUAUUUGUAAAAAAAUGUUUUUAUAUUGAUCUUUUCUUUUGGUUUCAAUGUUCAGAAGCUUGUAUCUCUCCUUUUCCUCUCAAGCCCCCCACCUGGUCCACAUGGCCUCUCUGGUAUACCAGCAAAGAGGGAACAAGCUAGGUCCAGUGGCAGGUUGGGUAUAUGGUCCCUGGUGAGGUAACUAUCCCCAGGUGUGAUGAUUUGGGCGGGGGGGGGGCUUGAGUCAUGGCUCAUUGCAUAAACCUCUGAAUCAUGAGGAACCCCUCCCCCUCCAGGGGGCCCAAACAUGGUCACAGAGAGUGUGUGACAACCCUCACCAAUGUUGGUCUUUUUUGAGGCAGGGUUCUUGCCCACGCAUGUACUGCAGGCACAGUGCACAAUUUAUAUUUUGAGAUUGUUUGCCAGUACCAAACAAUUACUGUACUCAAACCCACAUGUGACGUCUCACUUGCAUAUGCAUACUGUCCUAUUGUCAUGAAUAGCAAACAUGCUGUUUUUUGUGGACAUCUGUAUUUGACACUGAUCAGAAAUCUACUAUUGGCACCAGUGCCAUCAGUUGUCAGCUCACGUUUAAUUUACCUUGCUCACUAGGCCAAAGCUCUGUCAUUGUAGAAUAUCAUCCUCCUUUCACCCGACGUGUUCCUCUUCAUUUCAGCGACACAUGCCUCUGUAAUAUACUGUACCUGACUAGGCUAUGCAAAAACAUAAACCCACUGAUGUAUGCUGCAAUAACUCCUGUCUGUAGUUGCCAGUACAAGCAAUAUUUCUGUCACACUGUACCUCAUUUGGUAUGUGUAAUGUCUUUGUUUAUUUUUUUUUUUAAAUAUAUAUAUAUAUAUAACAAAAAAUAAUGGUUAUUAUUGCUACUAUGUCAUUUGUGUGUAUGCUUUAAAAGUAAAUGUUUAUCUACAUGUUACCUCUUGGUGUGUGGGGAGGGGAGAAAAUAUGAAGCCAUUCUAGUAAAUUCUUCACCUUUCUGUUCAUCUUUAGUGACAUAGUGGAUAGAAUGUUUUGCUCUCAUUCUAAUUUGUUAAGUAUAUUACUCUUGCUUUUAUUAUUAUGGGGGGGUACAUCUGUUUUGGUUGUUAAAGUAGUGUUUUGAAUGCCUUUUGUGGGAUAAAUGCCAUUUAAUCUUUCCUCAGACUAACAUUUAUUCUGUUUGCUCUGGGUACUUUUGCCACUGGUCCAUCCCUUGUGUUGCCCUGUCAUGGCGCAUUGGGUGUCUUUGUAAACCGCAGCACGUUUGUCUGUUUUUAGUAUUUGAGGCAUUUUCAAUGACUAAAUAGUAAUAAGGUCUUGUCUUUUUCUCCUCGAUUGCCCAACCUUUUGAUAUAGAUAGCAACCUGUAUAAAGUAUGGAAGCCAAUAUAACCCAAUGCUAGAUGGCAGAGUGACGACACCUCAGCUAGCCCAGAAGAUUUUAAAUUUUUACAUGGUCUCACUUAGGGGUGGGUUGCACUUGAAUUAUACAACACUAAGGCAACAAUGUACUCGCCCCAUAAUCAAGGAUGCUCUGUUACCCACUUGUAACCCAGAUGUUUCUUGCAUUUCUCCCUCAACCAUAGUUGGAUAAUGUCAAGCGGAUGUUGAUUCGCGUGGGAAGACUUUUCCAAAACAGCACAAAUACCCACGCUUGAAAAGGAAACGGUUGUCCAGAGGCGCAUACCCCUUUCAUUAUCACCUAGAACAAGCCAAACAAAUAGGGGAAUGCACUGAAAUGUGUGGUACAUUUGAAUGCUUUGGUUUAGUGGGGGUCUGCUGUGUACUCUAGGGGUCAUUUUUAUUUUUUAUAAUAAAACAAACCUUGGCACUCAA